GACAGAAAUGUUUUUAUUUCAGGUUUUUGAAUUUUUCUUUUUCUUUUUCUGAACAAUAUAUUUUCUUUUUCUUUUCAAAAAUUUAAAUAAGCUAAAGAAGAAGAUCAGAAACAACCUUGGUUCCCUGUUCUGUAUUCAAGUUUCGCGGUUAUGCCCCAAAAUUCAACUCCCUGAAUCUCUCUCUCGCUCUCUUUCUACCAAUCUUCCAUACUUCUCUGUCAAUUGAUUGUCGAUUCGCUUCUAUUUCAUGUUCGAUUGCUUCGUCACUAUCAAAAUCCACUCGUAUGAAUUUAAACUUUUGGUGAUCGGUGACUAAAGAAUUAUUUAUGGCUCCAACAAGAAAAUCUAGAAGCAUCAAUAAGAGAUUUUCUUAUGUUAAUGAGGUCUCACCUAACAAAGAUGGAGAGAAUGCUAAGAAAAGCUUGCAGCGGAAGAGGAAGUUGUCUGAUAUGUUAGGGUCUCAAUGGACCAAGGAAGAGCUGCAGCGGUUCUAUGACGCAUAUCGUAAGUAUGGGAAAGAUUGGAAAAAGGUGGCUGCCAUAGUACGUAACCGGUCUGUGGACAUGGUGGAGGCACUUUACACAAUGAAUAGGGCUUACUUAUCUCUUCCAGAAGGAACUGCUUCAGUGGUUGGGCUAAUUGCAAUGAUGACUGAUCAUUACUGUAAUCUGGAAGGAAGCAACAGUGAACAAGAAAGCACUGAUGGAACAGGGACGUCUCGUAAACCUCAAAAGCGUAGUCGGGGUAAAUUUCGGCCUAAUACAUCUAAAGGUUCCGAUGAGCAGUUUUUUCCUCAUUCACAUACAGUUGCAUCAACUUCUGGUUGCUUAUCGUUGUUGAAGAAGAAGCGCUCUGGUGGAAGCCGGCCUCGUGCUGUUGGGAAAAGGACACCACGAUUUCCUGUUUCGUAUACUUAUGAGAAAGGUAAUGGGGAAAAGUUUUUUUCUCCAACUAGGCUGGGUCUGAAAUUAAAGGUGGAUGCUAAUGAUGACGAUGUCGCUCACGAGGUAGCAUUAGCAUUGGCAGAGGCUUCACAAAGGGGUGGUUCUCCCCAAGUUUCUCAGACACCAAACAGAAGAACAGAGAGCGUUAUGUCGUCACCCAUACGGAACGGUGAAAGGAUGCAUGCUGAAUUAGAAUUGACCAGUGCCAAGCUUGGUAGUGAAAUGGAUGAAGAUGGUUUCGAAGGAAGCUUAGGAAGCAUGGAAGCUGAUAAUGAAGAUUUUUCAAGGGAUAGAAGUUUGAUGGAAACAGGUGUCCGUAAGUUGAGAGGUUACAAGUUGAGAAGACCUCAUGGAAAGAAGUUAGAAGUUGAUGACAUUGGAAACAAUAAUUUGGAUGACAUUAAGGAAGCCUGCAGUGGGACAGAAGAAGGACAAAAAUUUGAUGCUUUCAGAGGAAAGCUUGAAAUGAAGGCUGCAGAUGGAAAAGCUGAACGCUACUCCUCUCAGGUACCAAGGAAGAGAAGCAAGAAGGUUCUUUUCCGAAGAGAUGAAAGCUCUGCCUUUGAUGCCCUGCAAACUUUGGCUGAUUUGUCCUUGAUGAUGCCAACAACGACAACUGAAAAUGAAUCAUCAGUGCAGGUAAAAGAAGAAGAUAUUGAUCUUGUUGACAAGUCUGGGUUACUGAAAGCUAUGCCUGCAUAUCAUCAAAAGGACAGACUCAAAUCCUCAAGGGUUAAAGGGAAAGGGAAUCAAUUAAUGCACGGAUUUGUAGACUCUACCCUUAAAACAUCUAAACUUGGAAAGGUUUCAGUUAAUGAUAUUCCUGAAGUACAGCAGGAGCCUCAUCGGUCAAUAGCUAAAUUGUCAAGGAAAAAACAGAGGACCUUACCAUCUAAAAUUCCAAAAACUGAACCUCAUACUGAUACUCAUCCAAGUGAAUCGCAGGAGGCUGAGGGUAGUGAUGUAGGGAAGAAAUCAGUGAGUAAGAAUAAACGUUCCUCUUAUAAUGCUUCACAGCAAAAACAUGGGAAAUUGGUCAAACAUCCCGAACAUUCUUCUUCAAGCACUGAUCCAAGAAGGGAAGGAGACGAUUCAGCUGUAUCAACGGGACAGAUUCCAGUGGUAAACCAGGCUAAUUUACCAACCAAAUUUAGGAGCAGACGUAAGAUGGACCUACAGAAAACACAGGUCCUGAAAGAUCUGAAGUUUCCUGAUAAAAUUUUAAAUGACCAGCCUAAUGUACCGAUUUCUUCAGUCCAUGACGGAAUACUCAAUCUUAAAGAAAAGCUUUCCAAUUGCCUGUCAAAUCCCCGGUUACGGAGAUGGUGUGCUUUUGAGUGGUUCUACAGUUCGGUUGACUACCCAUGGUUUGCCAAAAGGGAGUUUGUGGAGUACUUGUAUCAUGUCGGAUUGGGCCAUGUUCCAAGAUUAACUCGUGUUGAAUGGGGUGUCAUAAGAAGUUCCCUAGGCAAACCACGGAGAUUCUCUGAGCAAUUUUUGAAGGAAGAAAAGGAGAAGCUGAAUCAGUACCGUGAUUCUGUUAGAAAACAUUAUACUGAACUUCGUGCAGGUACCAGGGAAGGACUUCCUACAGAUCUGGCAAGGCCUUUAUCAGUUGGACAACGUGUUAUGGCCAUUCAUCCAAAAACAAGAGAGAUUCACGAUGGAGGUGUACUAACAGUUGAUCAGAGUAGGUGCCGGGUUCAGUUUGACCGACCUGAUCUAGGGGUUGAAUUUGUCAUGGAUAUUGAUUGCAUGCCAUUAAAUCCAUUGGAAAAUAUACCUGCGUCGCUGGCAAAGCAUACAACUGCUGUUGAUAAAUUCCUUGAGAACUUGAAUGAGUUCAAAAUAAAUGCGCAGUCAAAAGAUCAGAAUCUAGAUGGGUUCAUGAAAUUUUCUCCGGGUGAAAACAUGGAGAAUUUCGAUGGUCCCUCUCAAGUGUCACCUUCAACUUAUCCCAUGAGUAACUUACUGAAGCAGGGGACUCCAACAAAUGCCAAUUCGCCAGCUAAACGUGUACCUAAGGAAACUUCUAACAAUCAACAAGCAGCAAAUUCUCAGCCUUCAAUACUAGCACAGAUCCAGGCAAAGGAAGCUGAUGUUCAGGCUCUUGCUGAGCUGACCCGUGCUCUUGAUAAAAAGGAAGCAGUGGUGUCUGAGUUGAGGCGCAUGAAUGAUGACGUGUUGGAAAACCAGAAAGAUGGCGAUAAUGCCCUCAAUGGUUCAGAGCUUUUUAAGAAACAAUAUGCUGCUGUAAUUGUACAAUUAAAUGAAAUUAAUGAGCAGGUAUCUUCUGCUCUCUAUUGCUUGAGGCAACGCAACACGUAUCAAAGGAACUCCUCACUAAUAUGGCCAAGGCCCUUGGACAAUUUUGGUGAUUCGAUCAGCCAAUUGAGCUUGUUCGAUCGUUCUGCAAGUCACAGUGAAGAGUCAGGAUCUCAUGUUAAUGAAAUUGUUGAAAGCUCCAGAAUAAAAGCCCGAACGAUGGUAGAUGCAGCUAUGCAGGCAAUGUCGUCACUGAAGGGAGGGGGAAAUACUAUUGAGAGGAUUGAGGAGGCUAUAGAUUAUGUGAGCAUUCGGCUUCCGUUAGAUGAUUCCUGCAUGCUGGCCAUGCGAACUUCUACUCCUGCUGAUCAUGGCAAUUUGGCUUCUCAAGAUAAGUUGACUUCCUGCACAUUGAAUUCACUGCAUUCACCUGAUCCAAAAUUGAAGACUGCAUCAGACGAAACUGAUGCACAAAUCCCUUCAGAACUUAUCAGUCAUUGUGUCGCUACUUUGCUCAUGAUUCAGAAGUGUACAGAACGACAAUUUCCACCAGCCGAUGUGGCCCAGAUAUUGGAUUCUGCUGUUACAAGUUUGCAACCUUGCUGUUCACAGAACCUUCCAGUUUAUGGUGAGAUUCAGAAGUGCAUGGGAAUCAUCAGGAACCAAAUAUUGGCACUCAUCCCUACCUAACCUCACACAUUGAGCCUUCGCAUAUUUGUAUAUAUCUGCAUUGUAAAGAGUGUAGUUGAUACGAGUUUCAGCUAUCAUAUUUUGAAAGCUGUGACACGAGUUCUCGAACUAAAUAUAUUUUUUCUCCCUCUCAACUUGAAUAGGGAUAUCAUAUAUACAUGUCCUGAUAAAUAGGAAGAUGACUCUUUGUACCAUUUUAUUAGUAUAUAAAGCUAGCUUUUCUA